AUGGAGGUGCAGCUCACAGCGCCCAACGGCAAGAUGUGGUCUCAGCCGCUGGGGCUCUUCAUCAACAACGAGUUUGUGAAGAGCAGCAACGAGCAGAAGUUUGCCUCGAUCAACCCGACCACUGAAGAGGAGAUCUGCUCCGUCUUUGCUGCCACUGCUGACGAUGUCGACACCGCCGUGGCCGCAGCCCGCAAGGCCUUCAAGGACGCCUCGUGGAAGUCGCUGUCUGGCACUGAGCGCGGGGCCCUGAUGCUGAAGCUGGCUGACCUGGUCACGCAGAACGCCGAGGUCCUAGCUACCAUCGAGUGCCUCGACAACGGCAAGCCCUACUCGGUGGCCCUCACCGAGAACGUGCCAGAGGUUGCCAACGUCUUCCGGUACUACGCAGGCUAUGCCGACAAGAACUUUGGCCAGGUCAUCGACGUCGGCCCAGCCAAGUUCGCCUACACAGUCAAGGAGCCCCUAGGCGUCUGCGGCCAGAUCAUCCCCUGGAACUACCCCCUCGACAUGGCCGCCUGGAAGCUCGGCCCCGCCCUGUGCUGCGGCAACACGGUCGUGCUCAAGCUCGCCGAGCAGACGCCGCUAUCGAUGCUGUACGUUGCCAAGCUCGUCAAGGAGGCCGGCUUCCCGCCCGGCGUCGUGAACAUUAUCAACGGCCACGGCAGGGAGGCCGGCGCGGCCCUCGUGCAGCACCCCCACGUGGACAAGGUCGCCUUCACCGGAAGCACCGCCACGGGCAAGGAGAUUAUGAAGAUGGCGUCGGCGACAAUGAAGAACAUCACGCUCGAGACGGGCGGCAAGUCGCCGCUCGUCGUGUUCGACGACGCCGACGUCGACCUCGCUGCCACGUGGUCGCACAUUGGCAUCAUGAGCAACCAGGGCCAGAUCUGCACCGCCACGUCGCGCCUCCUGGUCCAGGAGGGCGUGUACGACAAGUUUGUCGAGAGCUUCAAGGCCAAGGUCCAGGAGCUCUCGGUGGUCGGCGACCCGUUCGAGGAAAGCACCUUCCAGGGGCCGCAGGUCACCAAGGCGCAGUACGAGCGCGUGCUAGGCUACAUCCAGUCGGGCAAGGAGGAGGGCGCGACGGUGAUGCUCGGGGGCGAGCCGGCGCCGCAGAAGGGCAAGGGCUUCUUCGUCGCGCCGACCGUCUUCACUGACGUCAAGCCCAGCAUGAAGAUCUUCCGGGAAGAGAUAUUCGGGCCGUGCGUGGCCAUCAUCUCGUUCAAGACGGAGGAGGAGGCGAUCGACCUGGCCAACAACACCACGUACGGCCUCGGGGCGGCGCUGUUCACGCGGGACCUGGUGCGCGCGCACCGCGUGGCCCGCGAGAUUGAGGCCGGCAUGGUCUGGAUCAACAGCAGCAACGACUCCGACUACAGGAUCCCGUUCGGAGGCGUCAAGCAGUCGGGCAUCGGCCGGGAGCUAGGCGAGGCCGGGCUUGCGGCGUACAGCAAUGUCAAGAGCAUACAUGUAAAUAUGACGGCAUGA